AUGGAUAUGGUGUAUAUUGCCGCCUUCAUCCUAAUAUUGCUAAGCUCACUCUGCCGAUCCGACAACCCGCUGACACAAACAAAGCCACUCUUGCUCAAAGACAAGCUCAUCUCGGAGGGUGGGGACUUCGCUCUUGGCUUCUUUUCCCCUAUCAACUCCAGCAAAAAGCUAUACAUAGGAAUUUGGUACCACCGCAUUGCAGACCGCACAGUGUAUGGGUUGCCAACCGUGACAACCCGAUCACCACACCGCAAAGGGAGGCUCCUCGCUUGGAACAGCACCACUUCGUCAUGGGCAAUCAUCAUUGAGGUUCCUAAUAGCUGUGAUCUCUAUGCCUCUUGUGGCCCGUUCGGCUACUGUGACCGCACGGAGGCAAUCCCGGCAUGCCGGUUACCUGAUGGUUUUGAGCUCCUUGACAGUCUCAACUUCUCUAGAGGAUGCCAGAGAAGCGAAGCACUGAAAUGCGGAAAGGAAGACUAUUUCAUGGCCAUGCCUAAUAUCAAGCUUCCUUACAAGUUCUUGCACAUUAGGAAUAGAAGCUUCGAGCAGUGUGCAUCUGAGUGCACUAGAAACUGCUCGUGUAUGGCAUACGCUUACGCCAACCUAAGCAAUGGUGGUACUAUGGGCGACACAUCGAGGUGUUUGGUUUGGGCUGGGGAUCUCAUCGACAUGGAGAAGCAAAUCUUUGAAGAGGUCCUGUACAUUCGACUUGGCAAAUCUCCUGGCAAACGACAAAAGAAGAGAAGGAUGCUAGAAUACUUGAGUUCUAUGGAUGAAUCUAGGGACAAGAACAUAAUAGAGUUCCCGUUUAUUAGCUUUGAAAAUAUUGCAAUAGCAACAGACAAUUUCACUGAUUGCAAUAUGAUUGGAAAAGGAGGUUUUGGCAAAGUAUACAAGGGAAUGUUGGAAGGCACAAAGGAAGUAGCUGUCAAGAGACUAAGCAAGGGUUCUUGGCAAGGCACCGAGGAGUUCAAAAAUGAAGUAGUCUUAAUUGCAAAGUUGCAGCACAAGAACCUAGUUAAGCUUCUCAGUUGUUGUAUUCAUGAAGAUGAGAGGCUAUUAGUUUAUGAGUACUUACCCAACAAAAGCUUGGAUUACUUCCUCUUUGGUACAUUCAAUAAUUCCAAAUGUUGA